CCGCCGGAGGAGAGAAUCUACAGCAGCCAGCCGGGCGGCACGCUCCUACAAUCCACACGGGACCCCACAAUAACAAACCCGUGUCGUAGCUGCAGUAAAGACGGGGAGGGAAUUUUUGCCUCCAAGGGUCUAAUAUAAAAAGCAAGGGAAGUGUAUCUACCGCCUGCCCACUGACCCAUGCAGGGACCUUGCUCCUCAGUGUUGUCCUUUGUGUUUGUAAUAGCAACAACAUGCUGUACCCCAAGGAAGACAAGGAAAACAGAAUCCUGCUCUAUGCGUGUCGAAACUGCGAUUACCAACAGGAAGCCGACAACAGCUGCAUCUACGUCAAUAAGAUCACCCAUGAAGUGGAUGAAUUGACACAAAUCAUUGCGGACGUUUCCCAGGACCCAACUUUGCCCCGGACAGAGGAUCACCCAUGUCAGAAGUGCGGGCACAAAGAAGCAGUAUUCUUCCAGUCUCACAGCGCAAGGGCUGAGGACGCCAUGAGGUUGUAUUACGUAUGCACCGCCCCGCACUGCGGCCACCGCUGGACUGAAUAAAGGGGCAGCCGUUUGAGACCUGACAUCACUUCUGACCCCCGGUUGUUAGAAACACUUGGGCUCUGUUCCCAUCUUGGAAGAGCCUCUGUUCCUGGUUCUAUCUAACCAUUGUAUUUUUGUUAAUAAAAAGGUUUUAUUUUUCAAGUCA